GCGGAUGGUGCGGAGCCGGCUCCGCGGUGCUCACACCACGUCUCUGGUUGCAGGCCGCCGGGACCAGCGCCGCGCUGCCAUGUCCGGGAGACUGUGGUCCAAGGCCACUUUUGCUGGCUAUAAGCGAGGCCUUCGAAACCAGAGGGAGCACACAGCCCUUCUAAAAAUUGAAGGCGUUUACGCCCGCCAAGAGACUGAAUUCUACUUGGGCAAGAGAUGUGCGUAUGUUUACAAAGCUAAAAACAACACCGUAACUCCUGGUGGCAAGCCCAACAGAACACGAGUCAUCUGGGGGAAGGUGACCCGUGCCCAUGGAAACAGCGGCAUGGUUCGUGCCAAGUUCCGCUCCAACCUUCCAGCCAAGGCCAUUGGUCACAGAAUCAGAGUGAUGCUGUAUCCAUCAAGGAUCUAAAAUUUUAUUGAGAAUAAAAUGUAGAGUCUGUUCCAUUUUUGUA